AUGAAUGACGAGUAUGAUGACAUGGUGGAAAGAUUUGACAGGUCAAGUGUGUUUGCCAGAGAUAUGGGAGAUUUGAUGGUAAAGGCAUUAGCGAAUGUUCUAAAGCUGAUGCCUCUGAUAUUACUGACAAGCAUAACGGGCUACCAUUUUAUAACCAUAACACCCGACAAAUUCAAAAACGUAGGGGACAAAAUAUUUAUUACAUUCUCACCAGACGGACCUGGACCCUAUGAUGCUUUUCAAGAACUAGAAACCCAAGAAGAUGAAAAGAACGUCGCGGAAAAAGAAAAUAAAUGCACCUGUGGUAUGAACAGGAAAGCUUUGAAAUCAAAGGAAAACUGCAAGGAUAGCAAGAUGGAAUCUGGUCGGACUUACUCGUCUCACUGUCCUUGUCUACGUGCCAAGAAGGGUUGUGGAGAGUCAUGCAAAUGCAAAGAAUGCAGCAAUCCAUUUGGUAUGAAAAUAGUUGUUGAAAAGAGUGAUAAACCUAAAACAAGAUGA